GCCUAACGUUAUUGCAUAGGCGGCAUCACAAGGGAGUAAAUCUAGCGCGGCUUCAUACCUUCUUUGUAACGAAAGCACACGAAUACGCUUACGGUGUAGGUUUUUUUAUAUUCAUUUAUUUAUUUAUUUUGGUUGGUUCGAUUCAAACCACGCGGGACGUGAACUAGAGUGCGCACGAGCGCAGGCGUUUGCGCGUCUCCCUCCCCGUCGUGUCGCACUCGGAGAACGCGCGCGCGCGAGAGAGAGAGGCUGUGUUUAAUGAGUGGACGGAAAUUAGUAGCCAUGGAGACGCAGAGAUAAGGAAACGGACCUAUGCCACUUUCACCGAUUGUCAAAACGCUCCGUGUAACCGGAACUCCCGGUCGCUGUAAACAAACCUAUGGACAGGUUGUCAGGCUACUGCGGUCAGUGCAGAGCUAAACACACGGCUUUCUGGAUGUUUCUAAUGCCACUGAGCGACUUUUGCGAGCUGAAGGACCGAAGAUGACCGACAGGGCAGGUGGUAGUACCGCGGGGGACGACUCCGGGAUUAUCCGCCGGCGGAGGAUGCAGAAGGAUCUGCCCUUGCCACGGAAGAGCAGCGGCUGUCGCACCAGUAACAGGAAGAGUCUCAUCCUGACCAGUACGUCCCCGACCCUGCCGCGACCCCAUUCACCUCUACCUGGACACAUAGGAAGCAGUCCACUGGACAGUCCUCGUACCUUUUCACCCAGUGGCCCCGCCCACUUCUCUUUCACCCCCUCUAGAAGGGCUGAUGGACGCCGCUGGUCUCUGGCUUCACUGCCGUCUUCUGGAUACGGCACCAACACUCCCAGCUCCACGUCGUCGAGCUCGUCUCAGGAGCGUCUGCACCAGCUGCCCUUCCAGCCCACCAUGGACGAGCUGCACUUCCUGUCCAAACACUUCGGCAGCACCGAGAGCAUGACGGACGAUGACGGACGCAGGUCACCGCACGUCCGGCCGCGCUCGAGGAGCCUGAGUCCGGGCCGUUCACCCUCCUGCUACGACAAUGAAAUCGUCAUGAUGAACCACGUAUAUAAGGAGAGAUUUCCAAAGGCCACGGCUCAGAUGGAGGAGCGGCUGGCGGACUUCAUCCAGUCCUACUCUACAGAGAACGUGCACCCGCUGGCCGACGGCGUCCUGAGCUUCAUCCACCACCAGAUUGCCGAGCUGUCCAGGGACUGCCUGACCAAAUCCCGCGAGGGCCUCAUCACCACCAUCUACUUCUACGAGCUGCAGGAGAACCUGGAGAAACUCCUGCAUGAGGCAUACGAGCGAUCUGAGAGUUCUGAGCUGACCUUCGUCACAGAGCUGGUUAAAAAACUCCUCAUCAUUAUUUCUCGACCUGCAAGACUUCUGGAGUGUUUGGAGUUUAACCCUGAAGAGUUUUACCACCUGCUGGAGGCAGCGGAGGAUCACGCCAAAGAGGGACACCUGAUGAAGACGGACAUCCCACGCUACAUCAUCAGCCAACUCGGUCUCACACGAGACCCGCUGGAGGAAAUGGUGAACCUGGACAGCUACGACAGCGAGGGGCCACACACACCUGAGACCGACGACUCGGCUGAGGGAAAGAUGAAGGCCAUGAAGCCACCCUGUGAAUCAGACUUUCAGACCAUCAAGCUGAUUAGCAAUGGAGCGUACGGGGCAGUGUAUCUGGUGAGGCACAGAGACACAAGGCAGCGUUUCGCCAUGAAGAAAAUCAACAAGCAGAACCUGAUCCUGAGGAACCAGAUCCAGCAGGCAUUUGUGGAGAGAGACAUCCUGACCUUCGCCGAGAACCCGUUCGUGGUCAGCAUGUUCUGCUCCUUUGAGACUCGCAGACACCUCUGCAUGGUCAUGGAGUAUGUGGAGGGAGGAGACUGUGCCACCCUGCUGAAAAACAUUGGUGCACUGCCAGUGGAAAUGGCUCGAAUGUACUUCGCUGAGACCGUCUUGGCUCUGGAAUACAUCCACAACUACGGCAUCGUACACAGAGACCUCAAACCAGACAAUCUGUUGAUUACGUCUAUGGGGCACAUUAAACUGACUGAUUUCGGCCUCUCUAAGAUGGGUCUCAUGAGCCUCACCACAAACCUGUAUGAGGGCCACAUCGAGAAGGACACUCGUGAGUUCCUGGACAAACAGGUGUGUGGGACCCCAGAGUACAUCGCCCCGGAGGUGAUACUGCGGCAGGGUUACGGGAAGCCAGUGGACUGGUGGGCAAUGGGAAUCAUCCUCUAUGAGUUCUUGGUAGGCUGUGUGCCUUUCUUCGGGGACACACCUGAGGAGCUAUUUGGCCAGGUGAUCUCAGACGACAUCGCCUGGCCCGAGGGAGAUGAAGCGUUGCCUAGCGACGCCCAGAACCUGAUUUCUACCUUGUUGCAGACCAACCCAUUGGUGCGAUUAGGGACAGGAGGAGCGUACGAAGUGAAGCAGCACUCGUUCUUCUCCGAUCUGGACUGGAACAGUCUUCUGAGGCAGAAGGCGGAGUUCAUCCCUCAGCUGGAGUCUGAGGAGGACACCAGCUACUUCGACACCCGCUCGGAGCGUUAUCGCCACGUGAACUCGUACGACGAGGACGACACCAACGACGACGAGCCGGUGGAGAUAAGACAGUUCUCCUCUUGCUCUCCACGCUUCAGCAAGGUGUACAGCAGCAUGGAGCACCUGUCCCAGCUGGAGCAGAAGACAACGGUGGUGACCAGACGAGAGCAUAAGGGACGGCGCGAGGACAAGAUGGCUAAGAGAGAGAGCAUCGGCAGCUUCAGCAAGAGCUGGAGGACCGGCUCGCCAGAGAUGAAGCGACUCUCGUGUUCCGAGUCUCUGUACAUGGAGGGAGAUUCCAGUCCUCCUCUGGGCGCCAGGCGACGCUUUUCAGCACUGAUGGACACGCACCGCCUCGCCUUGCCUCUAGAGGGCGACGCAGAGACGCAGCCGCAACAAAGUGGGGCUAAAAGCAGAGGGUCUUCAGUAGAGGGUACAACUACACCCUCAUCACCCAGUGCAGGUGAACAGAGCGCGGCUGUGAAGGAGGCACCAGGAGUGAGUGUGGGAGAUAAGCCAACCAGACCCACUGAGGUAUCAGCACCACAGCCCAUUCCAUCAGCCACAGCGGCAGCAGCAGUCCCGGUUUUCCGAGAUGCUGUUGUCAUGGGUGACUCCCCCAGCCAACGGGCCACCAACGACUUGGUCCUAAGAAGAGCCCGUCACCAGCAGCUCUCUGGAGACAGCGAGAAACGAACCACACGUCCCGGCAACAAGGUCAUCAAAUCUGCCUCGGCUACGGCGCUGUCUGUCAUUAUUCCAGCAGUUGAGCAGCAUGCUAGCUCUCCUCUGGCCAGCCCAAUGUCCCCUCGCUCGGUCUCGUCCAACCCGUCGUCACGAGAUUCUUCCCCGAGCCGAGACUACGGUCCUGCGGUAAGCAUACUCCGCUCACCCAUCACCAUCCAGCGCUCAGGCAAGAAGUACGGCUUCACGCUGCGCGCCAUCCGGGUCUACAUGGGGGACACUGACGUCUACAGUGUACAUCACAUGAUCUGGCACGUAGAAGAAGGUGGUCCGGCUCAGGAUGCAGGGAUGUGUGCUGGUGACCUCAUUACACACGUCAAUGGAGAAUCUGUCCAUGGAUUGGUCCAUACAGAAGUAGUGGAGCUCAUUCUCAAGAGUGGUAAUAAGGUGACUGUGACCACCACUCCCUUCGAGAACACGUCAAUCAAAGUGGGUCCUGCUCGCAGAUCCAGCUACAAAUCCAAGAUGGCCAGACGCAGCAAAAGAACAGCCAAAGAGGGACAAGAAAGUAAGAAGCGAAGCUCUCUGUUCCGCCAGAUAACCAAGCAGUCCAAUCUUCUGCACACUAGCCGUAGCCUGUCAUCUUUAAACCGCUCGCUGUCCUCCAGUGAGAGUCUCCCGGGCUCUCCUACACACAGCCUGUCUGCCCGGUCACCCACUCAAAGCUACCGCUCCAGUCCUGACUCCUCUUUCCUAGGUGCCUCUUCUCAGAGCAGCUCUCCAGCCUCCAGCACACCAAAUUCACCUGCAGCUUCCCAGCACAUGCGCCCCAGCUCUCUCCAUGGCCUGUCACCUAAACUGCACCGUCAGUACCGCUCAGCACGUUGCAAAUCCGCUGGCAACAUCCCUCUAUCCCCGCUUGCACAUACGCCAUCCCCUACUCAGUCUUCACCACCGUCCUUGUCGGGUCACACGGUUGGAAGCUCCAAUAUGACCCAGAGCUUCCCUGUCAAGCUGCACUCGUCUCCUCCUAUUACAAGGCCCAGGCCCAAGAGUGCCGAACCACCCCGGUCUCCACUUCUCAAGCGGGUGCAGUCAGCAGAGAAGCUGGGGUCACCAUUAUCUUCUUCUACGUCUUCCGCAGACAAAAAAGGUGGAAUUGGGGCAAUGAGGAAGCACAGUCUGGAGGUUGGCCAUUCAGAUUAUCGAAAAGAGGGCUUCCACUGUGAGCUUGGUCUCCAAAGCUUGUUGGAAACAGAAGGAGAGAAUCUUGCCUCAACGUCUGCAACUACCCCAUCGCCUACCCAACCCACAGUUCCAGCUCCACUGGAGACAAGUGUUUUGAAGCCAGUAAGGAAGCUGGGCAGGCAGGAAUCCCCACUGAGUAGAGAUGCUUUGCUUGCUGGAAGAGUGAAGGAAAAGGACAAUGGCAGGAUGAAGUCUGUUGAUUUAACCCAGGGAAUUGACAGUAAACUGGCAAUAGUCCUGGAGAAGUCACCCCCUGCCACCGAGGCUCAGCAGGAUAUCAUGAGCAUGAAAGUCUCAGAUGAUAAGUCAAGUCAAAUAAGCUCUCCAGUUGUUGAUGUGUUUCAACGAUCACCAUCCACACCAAGAGAUGCUAGCACAACCAAACUUGAAACCAGCCAGCCUGUUGUGACCAAACCUUCACCUGUUGCACCAGAGUCUAAAUUUAGUGUAGUUCCUUCAAUUCCAUCACCUCUGACCAUGCCUGCUCCAAAAACCACAGAGCUUACCUUCCCAAGUGUCGGUGCAGGAGGCACGAGUCAAGUUAGUGACACAAAACCCCCAAGCAAGAUUGUCCAAUCACAGACACCAGGGACUGCCAAAGAUCACCAGGCUUCCAUCAGUGUCAUCAAGGACUUGCAAGGAAAAGACGCUGAAAAGAAAACAGAACUGAAAGAAGUGAAACAAGAUACAGGAAAGACUAUCAGCACUGUCAAGUCUGGUGUAACAUGCAGUGGCUCUGUAAAGGCAUCUCCACUCUCUGACAAAGUGUCAGUCUCGGCAACAACCACAGAGGUAUCCAGAGUUGUCAAGGCACCAUCAGAUGGAGACAUUCUUAAAAAAUCAGGUGCAGAGACCCAUGCUAGGACUCCAGAUAUGAGGGUAAGACCUGGAUUACCUCCAUCCAAAGGGGUUGUUCCACCUUUCCCACCCCAGGUCCAAUCUCCUGCUCUGGGAAAGCUACGACAGGAUAAGGGCCUUUCUCCAGUCAACUGUUACCGAGGCACCUUGGACUGGGAAGACAAGUGUCUCUUGGAAGUUGUUGAGGAGCAUUCUCCUUCUCCUACGCCAUCCCCAACUGCAGCCACUCCUAGCCUGUCAAAAUCACCUCUCCAACCCGUUGUUACUCCUGGUGACAAAAAUGGCUCAGCUAGUGUGUCUAAAACCGGAAAAGAACCGGCCAAAGGGUUAAUCCAGGAGGCGGCAAAGGGCAAGGAAGCUGUUAAAUCAGACGAAACCAAGGUUAUUGCACAAGGAAAGACUGAGGUUUCAGGUAGCCCAAACUUAAAAGUAGCAACACCGAGCCCUACUGGCACAAUACCACAGAAAAAGAACGAGAGCACGAAGAAUGGCUUGUGACAUUUCAGCACAGUAUGCUUUUGCCUUUUAUUGGAGAUUUAGCACUUGAGACGAGACAAAACUAUUGUGAUAAGGUUCUUCUAAUACCGGUUUUAUUUAUUGUGUAUAUAAAAAAAGAUAGUAGAUGUAUUCUGGGUAUGUGUGCCGAGAAUGAUUGAUCGUUGCUUGAGUGGCAAGAUUAAAAAGAAAGUGCAAAGUGCUUUAACAGAUCAAACAAUGCUGAAAACUGUGAAUGCCAAUUCAUCGCUUAAGCAAACUGGUUUCUUCCUGAGACAUUCACUAAAACAAACAACAUGGCAAGGACGUUAUUUGGUACACGUAUGAAAGAAUCCUUUCUCUUGAGUUUGAUUCCUCUGUGUGUGAUUAGCAUGCCGUCCAGUGAUUAUGCAGCUAGUGCUCAAACUGCCCGUGGCUUCUUGCUAAGCUAUGUAGGUGGAGGAAUAAGUAGGACCAAAAUAAGAAAGGAAAAAAAAAAAACCCUGAGAGAUUUCAUUUUCCGUCAUAAACUAAUGGAAGAUUUUAAAGGGCGAAAGCCUUAAAAUUAAGACGGUUUUGAAUUUCCCUGCACUGCAUGGGCGAGCGUAGCCUUCUUAUCAGGUGCCAACAGGAGGCCUGGCGUAGUAGCCCAGUGACGGCCCUUCCUCCGUCGCAGCUUAAACAGCGCUGAUAUAAUCGCCGACGUGGGCUUUGUAUCCGCUCCGUUAAACAGGUGCCUUUCUGCCGGAUUGCCCCAGACGUGUUUAUGAGGGCUGUCACGAUGGAUAAAGCAACGGUAUUAGCGAAAAAGCGACGUUUUGCACAUGCCGGUGGGUUUAAAUGUAUCGAGCAGAGCGGAACGUGUGGAAAGUCAGACUGGCUGAAGUGAAAACACGUGUUUUAUUUUGCUCAUGCUGAAAUACUUGAAGUAUUGCAACACAUUUCAAUAUACUGCAGAAAUCAUUCAGAAUAAGAAUAUCAGCUUUUUAACACAAAUCCUGGUAACUUUAUUAUCACAUUUAAUCUUUUGAUUAGGAUUUAGGACAUGUCCUGACUUCCCCAAUAUGGAGUAUCUUCAUCGUUAAAUAAGAAGCAAAAAGAUGGUAUUUGGUAAAUAUGUUGUUGCUAGAGUGGCUAGAGCUAUGAUGUAUAGAUCUAUCAUGAUAAUGUUCAGGCGUUAAUUACAGUUUAUAACCGUUCAUGUAUUAUAAUUAUCGCAGUCGACCUAGCGGUGUAGUUUCAUUCCGAGGUCCAUCUUUGUAUUUCGCGUGGUCUUGAGCCUAUUUGUUUAUAACAUUGUUUUCUCAUUAAACCUUCUGUAAACCUUCUUUUCUGCAUUAUUAAGGUGAAUAUUCCUAAAUAUGCAGCCAUUACAAAAAUAAUAUCCCUUUACAUAUCCAAAAAAUCCCAGACACACAGUGUGAACAGAUAUGUGCUGACAUCUGCUGACUAAACAGCAGUGUGUCUGCACUUGGUUUCAUUUUAAAAAGAGCUAACCCCUGCUGCCCAGGAGGUGAACUGCAAGUGCAAUAAAAAAAAAAAAAACACCUGACAAGUUUCAGCACCCCCUCCAGUCGACACUACCUGCCCUGGUGUACGCCUAGGGGCGGGGCUAAAGAAAAUGUAAAACCCAAAACUAGAAGCCUGACGGGAAGAAACUAGCAAUAUCAGGUGUAAGUGACAGUUUUAUUAACGUCUUUGAAAUGACUCAAUCGUAACGGUUGUGGACGAAUUCCAUGUGGAAGAACGACAGCUUUAAGAGGAUGAUUAGGAGCAUCAGGAGUCAGUUUGUUAACGGGAUUAGUUGAUAUCGAUCAUGUGAUCACUCACGUGAGAGACUGAUGUUGCUGAUUGCGGUAUCGAUCGUCAGAUUUUGGUGUCACUGGUAGCCUGAUUACUGGCCUGAUGUGUUUUCAGGAGGCGUGUAUUGAUUUUUACGGUUGAAGUCCAUAAGGCUGUGUGUGUGUGUAUGUGUCCUGUUAGGUCAGGAGUGUUAAUCAACAGCCUGCUCUUACAAUCCUGCUCGCUCAUAGUUGAUUACUGAAGCUAAAUCGUAAGCUGAGUGACCUGUAUGUUGUGUAAUACACUCCCCCGGAUUUGAAACUAUUUUCUCAUCACUCUGUGUAACGAGUCAUGGUCAACUUACAGAAAACAUAUCCUCAUGCUAGGUCAAUAAAUCAGGGACUACGAGUAGAUUCAAGAGAAAAACCCAGAGAGAGAGAGAGAGAGAGAGGAAGAAGAAAAUUCUGUCGCUUUAUCGCAUCACGGUUCCAUGUGUCCUGCUUUGAUUCUAAGCUUGUGUUUGUGUGGAUGUUCUUUCUUCCUGUGAGACUGUGUGGGUUUCCUCUGGGUUUAGCUGGUUUCCUCCCAGUAUAUUGGUUUGGCUGCAGUAAAUUGCCCCUAGCUACGAACAUAUAUGUGUGUGUGUGUGUAUGUUGCUCUGCGAUAAACUGCUAGCCCAUUCAGGGUACAUUCUCACUUCACCCCCCACUGUUCCAGCACGUUGUCCAGCACAGCUCUAGGCUCAUCCAACAUUCCUGGCCCUUAGACUUUUCCUCAUUAGCAUUCACUGACCGUUAGGGGGGGUAUAAGAGAUGUCCAUAAAGCCACUAUAACCUUCUAGUGUUCCUUCUGUGUGCAAACACUGGACACCAAAACUGUUAGAAAUGGAAAUUUUACAUGUUGAAAAAAAAAACGUUCCGGUAACUAGAGCAGAACCUUGAGGGAUGCCGUUAGACGUAUUAAAGGUCAGUCUAAAACUCAACACAAAGCCUUAAUCAUAUCCACAUCUUUUGAUUUUAAACCCAGUCCACUGAUGCCUCCUUUCUGAAGAGCAGCGUCAAGCGCUAACUGACACGGCGCGACGUAACCGAGUAUCAGAAACACGAGUGUUUUGACUUUUUCGCUAUCAUAAUGACGCAGGUGAAAGAUUUCAGCUUGGCUUUCUAACCACACCAUGGAACAGAUCCCAGGGUCAUGAGACUCGUUCCAGCCGGACCUACAUAAAAAAAUAAAUAAAAAAAUAAAUAUCACAUGUAUUGACUGUUGUCACUUUUAUCACGUGACUGUUAUAGUAUAUCGAAAUCAUGACAUUUAAAAAAAAAAUACAACAUUUUUGUAAUGUUUUCUGUUCCACUUUAUAGCCUAGUUUCUUAUUCCUGAUGUAAAACCAUGGAUUUGACGAAUCCGCCUCCUGGCUCAUUCCACGUCGACCCUCCCAUGCAUCAUUUGCGGUUUCUCUGUGGAUUCGUUUGUUUGUUUAUUUACUUGUUUUUACGAUUCUGUGAUCUACCGAGAAUGCACUUUAUUUGACGUCAGAACGGAUCUUCUUUCACAUGGGACUGUAUUUUCGUUUACCGCGUAGAAAAAUGUACACCCAAAUGCAGAUAUUCUCUGUUUAACAUGAAUGUUUUAGAGAGAAAAAUAAAGGAACAAUCAUUUAUUAUGUACCUGUUAUUUACCUGCACUGUCGGCUUUGGCCAUCACUCGUUAUUUAUUUAUUUAUUCAUUUAUUUACUUACAACUCUGCAGCACUUUUCAUUCUCAGUCCAUGCAGCCUAUUUGUGUAACCAAAUAAAUAAAUAAAGUGA